AUGGUCAGCAUUCCACGAGUAGAAAUGUCACAAUCAGAUUCAAAAUGGCCAUUCAUCUUAAAGCGCCGACAGUUCCCAAUCAAAGUUUGCUUCGCAAUGACAAUCAAUAAGAGUCCAGGACAAACAUUCGACCAUGUGGGAAUAUACUUACCAGAACCAGUCUUCAGCCAUGGCCAACUAUAUGUUGCUGUCUCCAGAGUCACUACACGUAGUGGACUCAAAAUCUGCAUCCCCGGAAAAGGCACUGGUGAUCAACAACCUGGAAAGACAAGAAAUGUGGUUUACAAAGAAAUUUUCAAUGAUCUUUAA